UACAGAUAGAUAUAUAUAUAUGUAGAGUUAUCUGGGGCCUCCUGCCGUGACAAUUUCUGUUGGAAAAUAAAUUUGUCUUAAUAAAGAUUGUAAUGCGCCGUUCAAUAUGACGAAAACUGAUAAUCAUGCUUAACAUAAAAUGGAUGUGGUCUAUAUAUAGGAUAUAGUUAUAAGGUUACACUCUAAGAAUCAAAAGAUUAAAGAGGAACUUGGAGAAAUUUAAAGGAACUUAUUAAAAAGGAUUGAAAGUAAUGAUAAUGCUAUUGAGGCAUUGAGGAGAGAAGACUAAACUUAAAUCUUGUCACAUUUGAAAAAUUUAAGAUAACAAUCUGAAUCAUUAGAUCCGCAAUUAAUUGAGAGAAAUAACUUAGAUUUUUAUGACGAUUUAUUUUUCAGUAAUAAAAUAUAUAUAUCUGUUUAGGUUCCAGAUAAUAAAGAAAAUUUGAAAAAUUAAUUGAACCUUCCGAAAAAGAAAUCAAAGACUUAUUUCAAAAACUAAUAUAGGAUGACAAUAAUGUAUUUACAUAAUGCUAAGUUUAAUGUCCUCACCACAAUGCAGAAAGAGUAAAUGCAUUCAAUUUAUAAAAAAAUGUUCCUAAAAAUUAAAGAUUACUAUGUUAAUAAGACAGACUGGAUGUAGCUUAAAACUUUUAAGUAUGCGAAUAAUAAUUGAAGAGAUAUUGUGAAUAAGAAAAGUAUAGAAAAUGCUUAUUAUAGACUCUUUGUAAAAUUGUAUAAGAUGAAAGAUUUCAUAUUUUCAUUACGAUUUCAGGUGGAUUGCAUUACAAAUAAAAUUUUGACAUAAAUUUAAAACGCAAUAAGCAUACAUUAGGAUUUUUUCCUUCAAAACCAAAAGAAUUUUAAUGAUUUAUAUCAAUUAAUUGAGCCGAUUCCAAAAGAAACCUAUGAAAAUAUUGCUGAGCUUUUAUCAAAAAUUGGAUAGUAAUUGCCUUUUAAUGAUACCUUCAAAACAACAAUUGGUCAAUUUGAUAGAAUUUUGAAUAUUUUUGAGUAAUCAAUAAUUGAUACUCAAAACAAUUUUGGCGAUUUUCUUAAUAAAUUAACUCCUAAAAUAAUAAAAAUAACGGUGGAAGUAGUUUUUAAGAAAAAUACACAAGUUUAUCACUUAGAGGUUUAACCUGAAGGAAAAUUACAAGAUUUAUUCGAUUUCAUCAAAACGGAGGGUCAAAUUGCCUAAACAAUCAAUUAAACAGUGAUUAAAAUUAAUAAUCGCGUUUUCAAUCAAUCUGAGUAAUCUCCACACACUUAUGUUCUAAAACACGAACAAUAUAUAGAAUUUUAUGUCGAUUAAUGA